CGACGAGCUGGCCGGCCGGCAAGCCCACGGCACGCGGAUGUCCACAUCCCCGGGUCUAGGGAUGCCCUCUGCCUAUUCAUUAGUUACACUUUUUUUAGCAUUAUUCAUCAGUUUUACCUCUGGAGAAACAGAAGUAAAGUUCAUUGGACAAACUGAAUUUGUGGUUAAUGAGACAAGCACAACAGUUAUACGGCUUGUUAUUGAAAGAGCAGGAGAACCAGUGAACGUCACAGCGAUUGUUUCGAUUCAUGGUGAAAACACAGGAGACUUUUUUGAUACAUACGCAGCAGCAUACAUAACUGAAACAGAAACUAAUCGGACAGUGUAUAUCUCUGUGUGUGAUGAUGAUCUUCCAGAGGCUGAUGAGACUUUCACAUUUUAUUUGACAUUACAGAAGCCAUUUCCAGGAGUAAAGCUUGGAUCGCCCAGAACUGUAACAGUAACAAUUUUAUCAAACGACAAUGCUUUUGGGAUUAUUUCUUUCAGUAUGCCUGCCUUAAUCACACUGAAUGAGCCCAGGGGUGGUAAUGAAUCUGUGCCUCUCACUCUGGUUAGGGAGAAGGGAACUUAUGGAACUGUGACUGUGAUUUAUGAGGUGGAAGGUGCUCCAGAUACUCCUGAAGAAGACUUGAGCCCAAUAAGAGGGAAUAUUACCUUUCCUCCUGGCACAGCUGGGUUGAUUUAUAACUUGUUUGUUCUUGAUGACCAGAUACCAGAAAACGAUGAGAGAUUUCUUGUUCAUCUGAAAAGUGUAGAAGGAGGAGCAGAAAUCAACGCAUCAAAAAAAUCUGUUGAAAUUAUUAUUAAGAAAAAUGAUAGCCCUGUGCGAUUUACCCACGGUGUUUAUAUGGUACAUGAAGAGGAUGAUAUAAUAAUAAUCCCAAUUUUUCGGGGCAAAGAAGAUAGUGGAAACAUAAUUGGGCCUGAUGAAUAUGAAGUCUCCAUCCGCUACAUCAUAGUAACUGGAAAUUCAACAGCACAUGCACAGAUUAAUUUAGACUUUCUGGAUCUACAGCCAAAUACAACUGUUGUGUUUCCUCCUCUAGUACAUGAAACUUCUAUAAAAUUCAAAAUCCUUAAUGAUGCCAUACCAGAAAUUGCUGAGACAUUUCAUAUUGUACUACUUAAGGACACUUUACAGGGAGAUGCUGUUUUAACAAAUCCUUCUGUUGUUCAAGUAACCAUUAAGCCCAAUGAUAAACCUUAUGGAGUACUAUCAAUCAACAGUGUUUUGUUUACCCAGACAGUUAUUAUUGAUGAAGAUCAAAUGUUAAGGUAUGAAGGUAUCACUGUUGUAAGGAAUGGUGGAACACAUGGGAAUGUUUCAGUAGCCUGGACUAUAACCCGCAACAGCAGUGAUCCUUCACCUGUGACUGCAGAUAUGACGCCAGACUCAGGAAUGUUACAUUUUGAUCAAGGGCAGAUGGUAGCAUCACUUUCUCUGAAUGUUAUUAAUGAUGAUAUCCCUGAAGAAGCAGAACCGUAUCUGCUUAGAAUUCUGGCUCACACCAUACAAGGGGGAGCAGAAGUGAGUGAGCCGGCUGAGCUUUUAUUCUAUAUUCAGGACAGUGACGAUGUUUAUGGUGUCGUAAAGUUCUACCCUUUGGAGAACCAGAGGAUAGAAAGCAGCCCAGAGGGACGGUUUUUGUCCCUUAGCUUUGCAAGGCAAAAGGGAACAGUGGGAGAUGUGAAGCUGUCUUAUAGUGUGAUUUAUAUUCCGGCUGGGCCUGUGGAUCCUGAGCGAACUAAAGAAGGUGUGUUAAAUGCUUCUGGAAGAAGCAUCCUUCAUUUACCUGAAGGAAAAACUGAAGACAUUGUAAAAGUACCGAUAAGAAACGAUGCGUUUCUUCAAAAUGGGGCCCAUUUCCUAGUACAGCUUGAAAAAGUUGAACUGAUGAAUAUUAUUCCUCUAGUUCCAUCCAUAAGUCCAAGACUAGGUGAAAUCCAAAACAUCUCCUUGAGAAUCACACCUGACAUUGCAAAUGGAGAAAUUGGUUUUAUCAGCAAUCUCCCAAUAGUUCUGCAUGAGCCAGAGGAUUCUAUUACAACAGUAGUCUCUAUUGCCUUGCAUCGAGAUGGAACAGAUGGACAAGCCACUGUGUUCUGGAGCCUGAAACCUUCUGGACUCAAUGCAAAAGCAGUAACAAUGGAUGAUAUAAGUCCUUUCUCUGGCUUUGUUGUGUUCUUGUCUGGACAAAGUGACACAGAAAUCAACAUCACCAUCAAAGCUGAUGAUAGCCCUGAAAUGAAUGAGACUCUGAUGUUAUCACUAGACAGGGUUAGUGUCGAAAAUCAGAUCUUAAAAUCUGGAUUUACUAGCCGUGAAUUGAUCAUUCUGGAAAAUGAUGAUCCCGGGGGAGUGUUUGAGUUUGCUUCUUCUUCCAGAGGACCCUACAGGAUAAAAGAAGGAGAGUCUGUUGAACUCCAUAUUGUCCGCUCCAGGGGAACCCUUAUCAAGCAAUUUCUACGCUACACUGUAGAGCCAAGAGAUGGCAAUGAGUUCUAUGGGAGUACGGGAAUCUUGGAGUUUAACCCAGGGGAAAGGGAAAUUAAACUUACUUUGCUAACAAGGAUGGAUGGCAUUCCAGAGCUGGACGAAUUGUACUUGGUGGUACUCAGUAGCCACGGUGAACUGCCAAGUAAGCUGGGAAAUGCCACAAGAGUCAGCAUAACUAUUCUGAAGAAUGAUGAUCCGCAUGGAAUAAUUGAGUUUGUUGAGGAUGGACUGACAGUAACUAUAAAUGAAAGUAAAGGGGGAGACAUCUGUGCUGCUGUGUUCAGUAUUAUACGAAACCAGGGAACCUUCGGUAAUGUGACUGUGUCCUGGGCAAUUCAUCCAGUUUCUACAGAAGACAUCCUCCCAGAGCAAGGAACAAUUUUCAUUGGAAAUGAGGAAUUUUCAAAAAAUAUCACUGUGUAUUCAUUGCCUGAUGAGGUACCUGAAGAAAUGGAAGUAUUCACCGUUAAUCUUUUCAAUGCUACAGGGGGUGCAAGAAUGGGAAAUAGAACCACUGUAGUCCUGCAGAUUACCAAAAAUGAUGAUCCAAUUUAUUUUGAUGAUCCUGUUAUUGUGAAGGUCCAAGAAGGUGGCAUUGCUAAUUUUACAGUAAUAAGGAAUGGCUCUGAGGCUCCUGCUGCUUCGGUUUUGUAUGCCACUGUUAAUGGAGGAGCCAGUGCUGACGGGGAAGACUUCAUUUUUAGUGAACAGAGUGGAGUGCUUCUCUUUGAUGUUGGGAUAAGAGAACAGAAUAUUACCCUGUUUAUCAAUGACGAUGAUGUCCCCGAGUCUGAUGAGACUUUUUACAUCAUUCUCUUCAACUCUACAGGAGACACAGUAGUCUAUGAAUCUGGCACAGCAACCGUAAUAAUUGAAGCAAAUGAUGACCCAAAUGGCAUUUUUUCAUUGGAAUCUACAGUCAAAGCUGUGGAAGAAGGCAAGACCAAUAAUUUUUGGAUUCUGAGGCACAGAGGUUGCUUUGGCAAUGUUUCCUUGACCUGGCAGCUGUUUGAGAAUAGUUCUGCUUUGGAACCAGGAGAAGAAUUCCAUGAAGUGUCUGGGAUUGUAUGGUUCAGAGAUGGUGAAGGGUCAAAGCCAAUCACGCUUCAUGCUAUAUUGGAUAAAAUUCCAGAAUUCAAUGAAUUUUACAUACUUAAGCUAGUGAAUGCUACAGGUGGGUCUCCAGGACCUGGUGGCCACUUAUCUGAAACCAACCUGACAGUGACAGUGAUGAUCCCAUUUAACGACGACCCCUUUGGAGUUUUCAUCGUAGAUCCUGAGAGCCAAGAGAGAGAGAUAUCAGAAGAUGUUCUCUCUGAAGAUGAUAUGUCCUAUGUUACCAAUUUUACGAUAUGGAGGCAGCAGGGAACUUUUGGAGAUGUCCGAGUUGGCUGGGAAAUACUGUCUGGUACAUUCAAGGAAGGGUUGCCUCUGAUGAUUGAUUGCUUGUUGCUGGGAAAGUUUUCAAAUUCAGUGCAGUCGCAGCCUCACAUGCGUCGUCGACACACUGGAACAGACGCUUUGUAUUUUAGUGGCGAAGAGGAUGCGUUUGGGGUCAUUGAGCCUGAGUUCUACAUCAGUAAGAACAGAACGCUUGCCAACUUCACAUUUUCAGUCUGGGUGAUUCCUAGUGCCAAGAGUGAUGGAUUUGUAAUCUCAAAGGACAAUGGAAAUGGAACCAUGUAUUAUGGAGUGAAAAUUCACACAAAUGAAUCCCAUGUUUCUGUAAAGCUUUGUUACACACCACUGCAGUCUAAUGGAACAUUUGUGGCCAAGAUCACAGUCAUGAAAUACUUGGAUGAAAAUACUUGGCUGCACCUUCUGCUUACACUGGAUGAUGGCAUAAUUGAGUUUUUCAUUGAUGGAAAUCCGGUGCCUGGAGGCAUUAAGAGCCUCAAAGGAGAAGCAAUUGCUGAUGGACCAGGAAUAACAAGAGUUGGUGCUGGCAUAAAUGGUGGUAGCAGGUACAAAGGGCUGAUCCAAGACAUGAGAUUUUAUGAACACAAAUUGACCAAGGAAGAGAUCAAUGAGCUUCAUGCCAUGCCAGCAAGGGCUGACUUGCACCCCAUCUCUGGGUACUUGGAAUAUCGACAGGGAGAAACCAAUAAGUCAUUCAUUGUUUCUGCCAGAGAUGACAAAGAGGAAGAAGGAGAGGAGGUGUUCAUCCUUAAGCUCGUUUCUAUUCAUGGGGGAGCACGAAUUUCCCUUGAAAACACAACCGUAGUAUUAAGAAUCCAGAAGAGUGAUAAUGCCAAUGGUCUGUUUGGUUUCACAGGAGCAUGUAUUCCUGAGGUGUCUGAUGAAGGUUCCACUGUAUCUUGCGUGAUUGAACGCACCAGAGGGGCUCUGGACUAUGUUUUUGUGCAUUACAGUAUCUCUCAGAUUGAUUCUGAGGGAGUUAAUUUCUUUGUUACUGAUUUUGCAAACAGCAGUGGAAUGAUCACUUUCCGUCCUUUGGAGAGAUCGGAGGUUUUGAAUCUGAUCGUUCUUGAUGAUGAUAUCCCAGAGCUGAAUGAAUAUUUUCAGGUGACUUUAGUGUCUGCUGUUCCUGGAGAUGGAAAAGUAGGGUCAACCCCAACUAGUGGAGCAAGCAUAGAUCCUGAGAAAGAGACAACCUACAUCACCAUCAAAGCCAGUGACCACCCUUAUGGUUUGCUUCAGUUCUCUGUGGGGCAGCCUCCCCCAGGUAGUGAUGAAAUCAUUCUGCCGGCCACCACAGCACCCCAGAUUACUGUAAAGGAAGAAAUAGGACAUGUCAGCUUGCUUGUUGUUCGUGCACAAGGCCUCCUUGGAAUGGUUCUGGUACAAUACAGAACAGUCUCACUAACAGCAUUCAGUCCUCAAGAUUAUCAGGGUAUUACAGACACCUUGGAAUUUCUGCCAGGAGAAAGAUACAAGUACAUUAUCAUUAACAUUACAGAUAAUUCUGUCCCUGAGCUGGAAAAAGUUUUUAAAGUAGAGUUGCUGAACCCAAAUGGAAAAGUUGGUGAACUCUUUAGUGAUGCCAGUGGUAGUGGUGAUGGGGACUUCGAGUUCUUCCUUCCUGCUGUCCAUCAACAUGCCAGCUUGGGAAUAGCUUCUCACAUCAUAGUGACGAUUGAAGCCUCUGAUGAUGCUCAUGGCGUAUUUGAGUUUACUGAAUCUCUCUCUGUCAAUGGAACCGAACCUGAAGAUGGAGUUGGAACAGUUACCCUUAAGGUUAUCAGAAAUCAUGGUGCUUUGUCCCAAGUGACUUUGCAAUGGCUCAUAGUACCUGAAGAUACUGUGGAUCUAGUUGCUACCUCUGGCAACAUAACUUUCAAUAUAGAGCAAAGAAUAGCAAAUGUAGAAGUGCAGGUCUUGCAUGACGAUGUUCCAGAACUAGACAAGACUUUCUCAGUUUUGAUCACCAAUGUUUCCUGUGGACGUCUUGGAGUUUACACUAAUGCUACAUUGACAGUUCUCGCUAAUGAUGAUCCCUAUGGGAUUUUGAUUUUCUCUGAGAAAAACAGGCCAACCAAAGUUGAGGAAGGAACCAAGAACAUCACCCUCACAAUAGUGAGGUUAAAAGGCCUGUUGGGAGUAGUCAUGGUUACAUAUAGAACUAUGGGUGAAGAGGAUAUGUCACCCUACCUGCCAUCGAAUGUUGCCAGAGCAACCUGGGAACAAGAUUACAUACCUAUUUCUGGAUCUGUAAUUUUUGCAGCCAAUGACAGUGAGGUCACCAUAGAGCUCCCCAUUCUAGAUGACUGUGAACCAGAGAGAUCAGAGUCUGUGUUUGUGGAACUACUUGAUGUUACUUUGGUUGAAGGAGCCCAGUAUCGGCCAAUUUCAAAUUCUCCUCGCCUUGGACCAAAAGGUAACACAGUUGCUCACGUGAUUAUUAAUGCCAAUGAUGAUGCUUUUGGAACACUGCAGCUCUCAGCCCCAGCUGUGCGAGUUGCUGAAAACUACAUUGGACCAAUCAUCAAUGUCACAAGAACUGGGGGACUUUUUUCUGAUGUUUCAGUGAAAUUUAAAGCGGUGCCAAUAACUGCAACUGCUGGUGAAGACUACAGUGUAGCCUCAUCAGAUGUUCUCUUAUUAGAAGGAGAGACCAGUAAAGCUGUGCCAAUUUAUAUCAUAAAUGAUAUCAACCCUGAGGUUGAAGAGUCCUUGCUUGUGCAGCUGCUCAAUCAGACAACAGGGGGAGCAUCUGUGGGAGGCCUAACUCAGGCAGUUAUAACCAUUGAGGCCUCUGAUGAUCCAUAUGGAUCUUUUGUCUUCCAGAUGACUGAAGUCACUGUUGAAGAGCCUGAGUCGAAGACUGUGGUGAUAGAACUGCCAGUAAUCCGCAAUGCUGGAACACUCGGCAAUGUGACGGUUGAAUGGGUUGCUACCAUUAAUGGGCAGCAUGCUACCAGUGAUUUGCAGGACUCCUUGGGUAACAUUCAUUUUUUGCCCGGGGAAACCAUGCAGAAGUUGACGUUAGAGAUCCUGGCUGAUGAUGUUCCAGAAAUUCAAGAGACUAUCAGAGUGGAAUUAACUGAGGCUUUCAAUGGAGGUACUAUUGGGCCAGACAGAAUGGCAAAUAUUAUAAUUCCUGCCAAUGACAAACCAUACGGUACAGUCUGCCUUCACCGUUCCAUGUACCGAGUUCAAGAACCACUGGAGAGGAGCUCAGUUGCAAAUAUAACAGUGAUGAGAAGUGGUGGAAGAUUCGGUCAGCUACAGGUCUUCUACAGCACUUCUGAAAUUGAUGUUGUGACUCUUGCAGUGAAACAAGGCUUGGAUGUACUGUCCUAUUAUGGAGCACCUGUGCAAGGAACUCCUGACCCAACACAGCUGAUUAAAGGGAAUGUUUCCUUAUCAAGUGAUUCGCUAUAUGCAUGUGGAACUCUGUGCCUGAAAGAACAUGCAUGUUCAGCCUUUUCCUUUUCCAGUGCCUUUGGAUCAUGCUUUUGGGUGGCAGAGUUGAGCGGCCCAGUAACCAACAAUUCAGGAUUCUGGACCUACAAGAAAAAUCUUACCUCUGUAUCCACACUCUUCAGUACACAAGCAGUAGCUAAUAGUGACUAUGAAUCUGUUACGGAGCAAUGGGUAAUAAUGGCAGAACAUGCAGAGUUUGUGAGUCUCACAGUUAACAUACUUCCUGAUGAUUUUCCUGAACUGGAUGAGAAAUUCAUUGUAUCUCUGUUAAAAGUUGAACUGAUGAACAUCUCUGCCAGUGCUGAAAAUCAGCCCACCAUAGGACAGCCAAAUACCUCUACCGUUGUCAUACUAAUGAAUGGGGAUGCUUUCGGCGUGUUUGUUAUCUACAGCAUCAGUCCCAAUACAACUGAGAAUGGUCUUUAUGUGGAGGUUCAAGAAUGGCCUCAGAACCCUGUGCAGCUGGUGAUACACAGAGCAGAUGGUAGCCUGGGACAGGUUUUAGUGGAGUGGAGCAUAACUGGUGGCACAGCUACCCCACAUCUGGAUUUCAUAGGCGAAGGAGAGGUCCUGAUUUUUGCUGAAGGUGAAACAAAGAAGUCAGUAACACUGACCAUUGUAGAUGAUUCUGAACCAGAGGAUGAUGAAAGCAUUAUAAUCAGUUUGACCCACACUGAAGGUGGUAGUCGUAUUCUUCCAAGCUCUGACACUGUCAUGGUGGUUAUUUUAGCCAAUGACAAUGUGGCAGGAGUUCUUAGCUUUCAGACAGCUUCAAGAUCUGUUAUUGGACAUGAAGGAGAAUUGUUGCAGUUUCAUGUCCUAAGGACUGCUCCAGGUGCUGGAAAUUGUACUGUAGAUUGGAAAAUUGUUGGGCACCAUGCAGAACAAAACUUUGAAAAUGUUUCUGGUGUGAUCUUUUUUCUGGAGGGAUCGCUGAAUGCAACGUUUUAUGUUCAUCUGCUAGAUGACCAUAUUCCAGAAGAAAAGGAAGAAUAUCAAGUAAUCCUGCAUAAUGUUAGAACUCAAGGGGUUAGUUCUACUGGAGCUGCUGUGUUAGACAACCAAGGUUAUGAAGCCGUAUUGACAGUGGAGGCUAGUGAUGAACCACAUGGAGUUCUGAAUUUUGCUUCUUCGUCAAGAGUUGUUUUUGUCCAAGAAAAUAAAACGGUUCAGCUUUUCAUUAACAGAGAAUUUGGAUCAUUAGGUAUUAUCAAUGUCACCUAUGCAACUGUCCCAGGAUUGCUGGGUUUAAAGAAUCAGACAGAAAUGAUGUUGGCUGAACCAGGAGCUGAUUACAUAGCAGUGUCAGGAUCAUUGCUUUUAGGAGAAGGUGAAACAUCAGCUACCAUAAAUAUUACUAUUCUGGAGGAUGAUGUACCAGAGAUUCAAGAAUUCUUCCUGGUUAAUUUAACAUCUGUUGAACUCAUCAUAAAUCCUUUGACAUCUGUUCCUCCCAGACUUGACAUAGAUGGCUUGACAGCACAGAUUAUCAUUGAUGCUAAUGAUGGUGCAAGAGGAGUAAUUGGCUGGCAAACAACGAAUUUUGAAAUAAAUGAACUGAAUGUAAGUUUGACAUUAGUGGCAUUCCGAGACAGAGGAUCUUAUGGGAAUGUGUCAUUGUUCAUGUAUGCUCAGAAUCUGGAAGCACAACUGGGUCUGGAUUUUAACAUUGUCUCAAGGACUCUUUCCUUUGCUGAUGGCGAAAGGUAUAAAUAUGUUGAUAUUGUGAUUUUUGAUGAUGAGAUUCCUGAAGGGGAUGAGAGAUUCCAACUAAUUUUAACAAACCCAUCUCUUGGACUGGAGUUAGCAGAAAACACAACGGCCACAGUUACUAUUCUUACCAGCGAUGAUGGCCACGGAAUUUUGUCUUUCAACAACAAUGAGCAUUUCUUUCUAAGGGAGCAGUCAGCACUCCAACUGAUGGAAAGUGUUGCAGUGCUAACCAUUAUCAGGGAACCUCCUCAGGGAAUAUUUGGAACUGUGACCGUGCAGUAUCUUGUGCAUGAGAUAAACUCUUCAGAAGCAUCUGUAGAUUUGACCCCAUCACAAGGCUACAUUGUCCUAGAAGAGGGAGUCAGAUUCAAGACUCUGCAUAUUUCUGCCAUAUUAGAUACUGAACCAGAAAUGGAUGAGCAUUUCAUUGUUACUCUGUUGAGUCCAACUGGAGGAGCCAGACUAGGCACCAGAGUAGAAACUUUUAUCACAGUGUUACAAAACCAGGCUCCAUUGGGACUUUUCAGUAUCUACCCCAUUUCAAAUAGGACAAAUUCUGUCAUAAUUGAGGAAGCCAACGCUACAGUCUACCUGGAAGUAUCGCGCAGCAAUGGGCUCAACACAUCAGUGAGUGUGGAAUGGGAAACACUAUCAGAUACUGCAUUUGGGAUAAAGGAUGGAAUAAGUGUGCUGUCCAUCUUACAGAGUUUUGAGGAAGAACCAAUAUCUAGCUGGUGUUUUUUUACAUCAGGAGAAUCUAUUUACGGCAUACUGCUGAGAACACAUCCAGCAGUACAUUCUUCAAUAUACCAGUGGCGGGGUGUUUUUGUUCCUGUCAAGGAUAUUAAUAUUCAAAAUCCUCAACGUUGUAUGGCAUUUCAAAUUGAUGGCUCCUCCUACAUAAUAAUUACUCAUGGUGGAACAAAGCAGAACAGACCUUCUAACAAUACUGUGUACUCCUUCACCACUGAAAUUCAGUUACUACAGAUACAGGACAUCUUGGUGCCAGACAGCAGUGAUAUAGAGUACUUCAGUUUGGACCAAAAUCACUACUUGAUAAUUGCAAGUUGUGUGACUGAAUCUCUCCAGAUCUUCCUCUGGGAUAAUGGCAUCUUUGUAUUCCAUCAUGAACUCUUCGUGAAUGGUGCUCUAGGCAUGGCUGUGUUUCCCAGGGGAGGCACCCUUUAUCUUGUAGUUGUUCCAUCAGAUUCCAGCCACAAUUCUCUUUUAUAUGAAUGGUCAGACAACAAAUUUAGAAAGUUUCAUGAAGUGCCAGUCAAUGGAAUAACACAAGUGAAAGCCUUGACUUCUGAAUCUGACAUCUACUUAAUUUUUGCAAAAGGGACCAGCAACACAUGUGAAAUAUUUGUCUGGGAGACAGGGCAGUCUUCCUUCCGGCAUUUUCAGUCUCUUUCAAUCAAAGCUGUAAAUGAAAUCCAUACUUUUCUCCCACCCUCAGGGUUAGUACAUGUGCUGUUUGCUAGCAAGGAUAAGUCAGCUCUCUAUUCCUGGAAUUCAGAAAUAAAUCGGUUCUCUCAAGUACUCGAAGGCCCUUCUGCCAAUCAUUUCACCACUCUCAAUGUAGGAUCACUUAAUUUCAACAAAAGCUUGAUUGUUCUGUCUGGAGAUUUCUACUCUUAUGUCUGUGAGCUGACUGCUAUCUCCAACCAAUCAGAUUUUAUACCUAGUUCAGGUGAACUGAUAUUUGAACCUGGAGACAAGGAGAUUGUGCUGGCAAUCAAUAUCUUUGAUGACACAAUCCCAGAGGAAGAAGAAUGUUUUCGAGUAUGGCUGAAAAACCCAAAAGGCGGUGCAGAAAUUGGUGCUAAUGGUUAUGUAACCAUAAUUAUUCCCUCAAAUGAUGAUGCUCAUGGCGUUGUUGCAUUUGCCCAGAAUUCUUUAUUUAAGCAAUUUGAAGAAAUGGAGCGAGACACCUUAAUCACACUGAAUAUUGAACGCUUAAUAGGAGCCUAUGGACGUGUUACAGUGCAGUGGGUAGCCAAUGGGAGCAUUAGUGAUAUAUUUCCGACUUCAGGAGUGAUUACAUUUUCAGAAGGCCAAGCCUUGUCUACAAUCACCCUAACAGUCCUUUCCGAUGUCAUUCCUGAAGUUGCAGAGAGGGUGAUUAUUACUCUCACUCAUGUCAGCACUGUGGGUAUUCGAGAUCCGAAAAGAGGAGCCAUCAUUGACCCAAACAGAGCAAAAGCUGUACUUACCAUUUUGCCUAAUGACUCCCCUUAUGGCAUAGUAGGAUGGCACAUGGACUCGUUGUCUGUAAAAGUAGCAGAGCCUGAAGAGAAAUCAACGAUUAUCACUUUACAUGUUCUUCGAGAACAAGGAUUUGUUGGCAAUAUCAGUGUGCAGUUGAUAUCCAAACCUGUUUUUUCACUCCCUUUUAUCAAUCAAGCCGUGGAAAAUGAGGAUUAUAAAUUAGAAAACAAAACUGUUAUUAUGGCAGAGAACAUGACUAUGGCUUCUGUCACUGUAACCAUUCUGCCGGAUACAAUACCAGAAUUACAGGAAGGAUUUGUAAUCAACAUUAGCAAUGUGCAAUUGCUGGACUCUUCACUCACUGGAGGGCAGCCAAGUGUGAAGAGAAUCGGCUUAGAAAUAGCUGAGAUAAUGAUUGAAGAGAAUGAUGAUCCCAGUGGAGUGUUUAAUUUCAAUGCUACCAAGGAUAUAAGUGGAACGGUGACUGGUUAUGAGGUCCCUCCACCAGAGAAUGUUAUUAAGUUACCCGUUGUUCGAAAGGCAGGAAGGUUUGGAUCCGCACAUUUGUAUUGGGAAGCCACACCUGCCACUGCUAGCCUGGAUGACUUUACACCAUCAUUUGGGAAUCUUACCUUUACAGAUGGACAAGAGAUGGGAAUGAUUGAGCUCACCAUCAUAGAUGAUGACGUUGUUGAAUUUUUAGAAAUGUUCAGUGUCACCUUACUUGGAGUAGCAGGUGGUGCCAGAUUAGGAGAUGACGUGCUGGUGACUGUCACUAUUCCACCCAAUGACUCUCCAGUUGGAGUAUUUGGGUUUAAAGAAAAGUUUGUAACAGUGAAGGAACCCCAGUCAACUGGUGAUCCUACUGCAAAUGCAUUUCUUACUAUAAGUCGGAGUCAAGGGGGGCAGGGAGAAGUUCGACUUAUUUGGAUUCUUGAAGAGGCAGCUAAAUAUGAUCUCACUCCCCUCAAUGGAACUCUUCUCUUUGCUGAGAUGGAAUCAGAGAAAACCAUACAUUUGCAGGCAAUUCAAGAUGGUCUACUGGAAGCCGAUGAAAGUUAUACUAUUCAGCUUUUGUCUAUUGAUGGCACAGAGAUAUCACCUAUCAGUGGUAUAGCAACCAUUACUAUAUUAGGAGAUCGGGGAGCUUCUGGAAUUGUUGGGGUUGCUUCGUCAUCUACUCAUAUCCUAAUUGGAGAACCGAUAGGAAGGUAUAACGGAACUGCUUUCAUUGGCUUAAUACGUGGACCAGGGAUUUUUGGAGAGGUUACAGUCUCCUGGAAUAUAACACCCCCUCAUCAGAAGGAAUUUGCUGAGAUAUCAGGAACAUUGACUAUGAGAGACAGGCAAUCUGCUGCUGUUGUACUAAUACAGGCUCUAGAUGAUAGCCUCCCUGAGGAGAAGCAUCAGUACCAGUUUCAUCUCAUGGGUAUCAGUGACGAAGGAAUCAUAAAUGAGUCUGCCAGCACAGCAGAUAUCACAAUGGCUGCUAGUGACUUGCCCUAUGGGUGCUUUGCAUUUUCCCAGGAACUAUUGCAGAUAGCAGAAGAAGAAAAAUGGGCAAACAUCACAGUUGUCCGUUCACAUGGACAUUAUGGGCAGGUUCGUCUCUGGUAUCAGGUGCUGAAUGGAACUGCAGUGGAAGGCAUGGACUUUGCUGUCAUGUUUGGAGAGCUUACAUUUGAACCCAAUGAAACUACGAAAAUCCUUUUUACUGAAAUCCAUGAUGAUGACAUUCCUGAGGGCCCUGAAGACUUUUCAGUAGAAAUUAUCCAAGUGGAACUAUUGGGAAGUGGAUUUGAUUUUACGAUAAAAGAACAUGGACUGCAGGUUGAUCAGCCCCCUGAGAUAGGAAAUGCCUCAGCAGUGAGAAUCAUUAUAUCAAAAAGUGACAAUGCAGAAGGCAUCAUUGAAUUUGAUCCACUCUACACAAGCCUGCAAGUGGAAGAGGACAUUGGGUUGAUAAAGAUUCCUGUAUUGCGAAGACGUGGGAAUUAUGGUUAUGUGACUGCAGAUUUCAUAUCUAGAAGUGUUUCGGCUCUUCCUGCUGGUGUUGACUAUAGUAUUAUAAAUAACUCAGUCACUUUUCAUCAUGGCCAAAACCAGAGUUUUAUCAAUGUUUUAAUCAUAGAUGAUUAUGAAAGGGAAUAUGAUGAGCAGUUUGAAAUCCAUCUCAUGGGAGCCAGUGGAGGAGCGGUCCUUGGGCUCCACCUAGUGAGCCAAAUAACUAUCGCUAAGAGUGACUCUCCACAUGGGACUGUCAGAUUCCUCAACCAAAGCCGAAUAAUUCUUCCCAAUCCUAAUGUGUCAUUGACACUGUCCUUGGUGCUGGAAAGAACGGGAGGAUUGAUAGGAGAUUCUCAGGUUAAUUGGCACAUUUUAGGACCCAAUUCAGAGGUAGUUUUACCUGCUCUAAAUAGUGACAUUGGUGACCCAGUGAAUGGAUCUUUCUAUUUUGAAGAAGGAGAAGAAGGUCUGAGAAGCAUCGACUUGGAAAUUUAUCCUUCUGAAGAUGUUGAAGUUCAGGAGACGUACAUUAUUAGCCUGAAUGUUGUAAAGGGGGAAACAGAACUAGAUCCCAAGGCUGCCAACGUUACACUAAUUAUUCAAAAAUUUGGUGAUCCUAAUGGAAUCAUACAGUUUACUCCAGAAUCAUUAUUUCAAAAAUACUAUGAAGAGCCAUCAGAAUCAGAAGGACCAUUGAACAUUGUGCUUUUUAUAAUGCGAAUUCAAGGCACCACGGGGAACAUCACGGUUCACUGGGAACUGAGUAGUGAUUCUGAUACUGCUGAUGAUUUCCUCCUAACCAGUGGCUCUGUCAUCAUUCUUGAUCAGCAGAGGACAUCUGAAAUUGUUAUUCCCUUAUUGCCUGAUGAUGUUCCUGAAAUAGAUGAGAAUUAUGUGGUACAGCUGACUUCAGUGGAAGGAGGAGCUGAUGUGGACUGGGAGAAAAGUACUUCUAGAUUCACUGUUUUUGCAAAUGAUGAACCCUAUGGAGUAUUUGCCUUGUAUUCUGAAAAGCAGUCAGUAUUGAUAGAGGAAGACCUGAGCCGACACAUCCAAAUUAAUGUAACACGGCACGCUGGGAAUUUUGCAGAUGUUAUUGUAGAGUAUCAGAUUUUAUCUUCCAGUCAAGAACAGCUAAUCGCUCCCGCCAAUACAGUAGGGCAUCUGCUAGUUAAAGAAGGUUCCAGUUAUGGAGUGAAGACAGUGCCAAUACAUCCCCAGGUAUUUCUCCCCCUGGGCUUGAAUUUCACUCUGGAAUUGAACAACGUAAGCCUGUUUAAUGGCCGUGCCAAUAUUGUGCCUAAAAUAGUAGAGACAGCAAUUUCAGUCUCUCUUCCAGUUCCCAAGGAAGCUGCCAAUUCUCAGGUUGCCUUUGAUUCUCUUCUGUUGCGAGUUACAAAUAUCACAACAGGGGUAACUCAAGCUUUGAUAACUAGGGAAGGAUUAUAUGGCUCGGUCACAGUAAUUUGGACUUCUGGAUAUCCACUUGGCACUGUUCCAGAGUUCCUUCGUCCAGGCAACAUUACACCAGCAUCUGGCACAGUUACCUUUUCUCAUGGUGAACCAAGCAGAGCAAUUGUAUUUCAGAUUACUGCAAACCCAAGUAGUCCAGAGGCAUUUGCUGUGCAUCUAUCAGAAGUGCACAGCAAUGUAUCUGGUGGGGCUUGGCUAAGAUCAGGUUUCACCGUUGCUGAAAUUGAGCCAAUGGGAAUCUUCCAAUUUGCUCCUAAUUCGAGGCAUAUUUCAGUGCAGGAAGAUGUUCAAGUGGUCAGGUUAUAUGUACAAAGACUGUUUGGUUACCAAAGCAACUACACCAAAUUGUUGUAUCAGACAGUUGCAGGAAGUGCCAAACCACUAGAAGACUUUGAACCUGUUCAUAAUGGAGAGCUUGUUUUUGGAAUCUUUCAAACGGAGGCUGUGUUUGAAAUCUUGAUAAUUGAUGACAGCGUAUCAGAAGGAGAUGAAAUGUUUUUCGUGAACUUAACAUCUGUAGAAGUUUUAGCUCCUCAGGAGUUGGACUUGACAUGGAAUCCACGUCUGAAUCCGGAAUUUAGCGUUGCAUCAGUUAUCCUAUUGGCCAACGAUAUCCAUCAUGGAAUCUUGAGCAUUGGGCCUGCUGUUAUUUACACUGAAGAAGAUUCCAAGCACAGUAUAUCAAACACAGUUCUGAUUCAUAUCAAAAGGACUCAGGGGUUUGUGGGCAAUGUCUCAGUAGCCAUUAAAACAUUUGGUGGAAUAAAUGCUCAGAGCUGGAUAGGGGCAUUCCCCUUUGAGACUAUUUCUUGGGUUUCCAACUUGACGUGGGCAAUGGAAGGGGCAGAUUUUGAAGAGCUGUCUUUGUCUGUGAUGUUGCUGGAUGGGGAAGGAGAAAGCCAUGUGUCUGUCACAAUUCUUGAUGACGAUGAGCCUGAAGGACAGGAACUCUUUUAUGUUGCCCUCUCUGAUCCUGAAGGUGGAGCUCUGAUUGUGGAAGGCAGUGAUGAAUAUGGGUUUGCAGGUUUUGCAACCAUAAUUAUAAAAGGAAAUGAUCUUCAGAACGGCAUUCUGGGAUUCUUUGGAGAGGCACAAAGUGGCCUUGUGCUCGAUGAGGAUUCCGAGAAGAGGGAGGUGCAGCUCAUUGUCUCCAGGCAACCAAACAGGGCUUUCGAAGAUGUGAAAAUCUUGUGGCGUGUGACUUUUAAUGAAACAUCAGUUAUCCUGCAGAAAGAUGGUGUGAAUCUAGCAAAUGAACUGGUGGCUGUCUUAGGAGUUACUACCUGUAAUGCCAGUGAAACAAAAUGCAUCAUCUCUAUUGAGAUAAAGCCUGAUAAUGUACCUGAAUUUGAGACUUCUUUUUUUGUGGAGCUUUACGAUGUGAGCGCAGGAGCGGCAUUAAACGAUAGCUCCCGAUUUGCCUACAUAUUAGUCCCAGAAAGUGACUCUCCUCGGGGCCUGAUAUGUUUUGCUGUGGGGUCUCGUCUGGCUGUGGCCCAUAAGAAAACCACUUUAAUUAGUCUCCAGCUGGUUAGAGAUUCUAGCCCAGCCCUUACCAUCUCUGUUGACUACAGAACUCAGGAGCUUACAAGACCUGAAGCUGUUGGUCGUAUAACCAUAUCACCAGCCAUUUCUGGGCAAGAUUUUACCAGAUCUGAGGGAACAGUGUUCUUUGAACCUGGACAGAGAAAUACUGUUCUGGAUAUAAUGCUGUCUCCGGAGACAGGAUCCUUAAAUCCAUUUCCUAAACGCUUCCAAGUCGUGCUUUUUAAUCCUACUGGAGGUGCCGGAGUUGAUGACAUCUAUGGUACUGCCAACAUCACUAUUGUGUCUGAUUCAAACUCUCAAGCAGUUUGGGGGCUAGCUGAUCAGCUUUACCAGCCAAUUGAUGACACCAUUUUGAAUAGAGUCCUUCAGUUGUUAAACGUCAAAGUAGUCUUAGAAAGCACGGAAGAGCAGCUUGCUGCAGUGUUGUACAUAAUCGACAAGGUACUGUCUGAAGUGGAGAAGCAUCCACUCACAGAUACAAACCGAAAUCUUUUGUAUGAGAUCCUUUGUGCACUUAUUAAUCCCAAACGCAAGGAUACCCGGGGCUACAGCUUCCUUGCUGAUGUUACUGAGAAAUUUGCCUUUUCUCUCCCUAUUGGAGAAAUGUGUGGUUCACUGGGUGUAAGAGGCAAAACUAUCCUUGACCAUUGCCCUUACAUUGUUAUCACUGCCCAUUUCUGGUAUCCACAGCAAAUCAAUGGGCACAUAUUUUAUGGGAAAGACGGUGACUUUAUCAGAAUACCUGAACGCUUGUUAGAGAUUUCCGAUUCACCUCAUUCGAAAGAUGAAACCUGUUGGUUUAUUCAGUUUACUGAGUAUAGCAGCCAGCAAUGGUUUAUCACCGGUGAUAAAGGAACUGCCCUAAAAAAUAAGAUUUUUUCCUUGAGUGUGAAAGAUUUGAGCCCACUUCUGCUGAAAGAUAACAAUGAUGUUACUUAUCGAAUUCAUUCUCCAGACAGCCGAAUAGUUCCUCGUAAAUCUUUGUGUCUCCUUUGGAAUCAGGCUGCUGAAAGCUGGUUGACUGAUAGUCAGUUCUGUAAAGUGAUCGACGAAUCCUCAAAUUAUGUGGAAUGCUCAUGUUCACACCUAUCUCUGUAUGCAGCUUAUGCCCAGACAGACACCUUGUCCUCUUAUAAUGAAGCUUUUUUCUCAUCUGGUUUCAUCUGUAUUUCUGGCUUAAUCUUGGCUAUUUUUGCACACCUCUUCUGUGCCAGGUCGUCAGUGUUUGCAGCUAAACUUCUUACUCAUAUGAUGGUUGCCUGCCUGGGUACUCAGAUCUCAUUUCUGGCCUCAGCUUAUACAAGUCAACAACUCUCAGAGGAAAGCUGCUCAGCUUUGGGCGCAAUCACCCACUACCUUUAUCUUUGCCAGUUCAGCUGGAUGCUUAUUCAGGCUGUUAAUUUCUGGUACGUCCUGGUGAUGAACGAUGAACACACAGAACGGCGCUAUCUGAUGUUUUUCCUUCUAGGUUGGGGUCUUCCAGCUUUUGUUGUGAUUCUGCAUUUAAUUAUCCUCCGAGGAGUCUAUCAUCACAACGUAUCACAGAUUUAUGGCCUGAUCCACAAUGAUCUGUGCUUUAUUCCAAAUAUGUACGCGGCUCUUUUCACUGCUGUACUAGUACCACUAAUGUGUUUGGUAGUGGUCUUUGUGGUGUUCAUCCAUGCGUACCAGGUGACACCCCAGUGGAAAGCUUACGAUGACGUAUUCAGAGGAAGAACUAAUGGAGCAGAGAUCCCCCUGAUUUUAUACCUCUUUGCCCUCAUUUCCAUUACGUGGUUCUGGGGAGGACUGCACAUGGCUUACAGGCAUCUAUGGAUGUUGGUCUUCUUUGUUAUUUUCAACUGCCUGCAGGGCCUUUAUGACUUUGUGGUGUAUUUUAUUCUACACAACCAGCUGUGCUGCCCUGUAAAAGCAAGUUACACAGUUGAAAUGAAUGGACAUACAAGUUCGGGCUCUGCGUUUUUCACCCAUGGCAGUGGCAUGCCCCCAGCAGGAGGAGAGAUCAGCAAAUCUACUCAGAACCUUAUCAGUGCUAUGGAAGAGAUGCCAGCUGACUGGGAGAGAGCAUCGCUGAGGCCGCCCAGUCAGGCCAGUGCUGUCUUCAAGCAGAGCCCACAAAAUGGCAGCGCCUUCACAACUCCUGGAGGGUUCAGUAACAGCUCGUUGGUGGCUGAUGAAGAAUCACAAGAAUUUGAUGACCUAAUAUUUGCUUUAAAAACAGGUGCAGGCCUCACUAUCAGCGACACCGACUCCUGCCACGGCAGCCAGGAUGGAAGCAACAUGAUUAACUCCCAGAUUGUAGAGCUUAGACGAAUACCCAUAGCGGACACUCAUCUUUAGUAACUCCAUCUUCUUU